AUGGCUUCUGACGGCUCUAAGGGCGGCCGCGAUGAGCCGGUGGCCAUCAUCGGCAUGGCGUGUCGCUUUCCGGGUGAGGCGACGAACCCUUCAAAAUUCUGGGAGCUCCUCAAGGACGGCAGAGACGCCUUUUCCGAGGCCGACCGCUUCAACCCUGAGGCGUUUUACCAUGCCAACAGCAGCGGGCGACAGAAUGUGCUACCGUGCAAGGGGGCGCACUUCUUGCAGGGCAGCCCGUACGCCUUCGACGCCGCCUUCUUCAACAUCACUCCCGGCGAGGCGCUGGCGACUGACCCGCGGCAGCGGCUUGCCCUCGAGGUCGCGUACGAGGCGCUCGAGAACUCGGGCCUGCCGCCGCACCGCGUGGCCGGCACGCGAACCGCCUGCUUCAUGGGCGCCGCCGCCAACAUGGCCGAGUAUAAGGACGGCAUCGUCCGCGACUUUGGCAACCAGCCCCAGCAUCUCAUCAUGGGCAUCUCCGAGGAGCUCAUGAGCAACCGUCUCUCGCACUUCUUCGACCUGCACGGGCCUAGCGCCACCGUCGAGACGGCCUGCUCGUCGAGCCUGGUCGCCGUCCACCUCGCAUGCCAGAGCCUGCGCGCGGGCGAGUCCAAUAUGGCCAUCGCGGGCGGCGUGAACCUGCUGCUAUCGCCCGACACGUUUAUGCAGCUACAGAACCUUUCGGUGCUCAGCCCAGAGGGCCGCUCGCGGUCCUUUGAUGACAACGGACGCGGAUACGGCCGUGGAGAGGGGUGCGGCAUCGUGGUGCUCAAGCGCCUUUCAACAGCCCUCAGCGACGGAGACCCGAUCCGUGCCAUCAUCCGGGCCACCGGCUGCAAUUCGGAUGGAUGGACAAAGGGCAUGGCCCUGCCUUCUGGCGAGUCGCAGAUGCAACUCAUCAAGGACGUCUACGAUACAUUUGGUCUCGACUACUCCUUGACCCAAUACGUGGAGGCACAUGGAACUGGGACGAAGGCCGGAGACCCGACAGAGGCCCACGCCAUCUAUAACACCAUCGGCAGGGCUACCAGGAAUCAGAAACUGAUCAUGGGCAGCGUAAAGCCAAAUAUCGGUCACCUAGAACCGGCCGCCGGCAUCGCCGGGCUGAUCAAGGGCGUGUUAUCUUUGGAACGCGGCCUCAUCCCACCCAACAUACACCUGACCAAGAUAAACCGCAACAUCCCCCUCGACGAAUGGAACAUGGAGAUACCUACCAGGCUGACGGCGUGGCCCGUUGCCCAGUACCGGCGCAUGAGCGUCAGCAGCUUUGGUCUGGGCGGCACCAAUGCUCACGUCGUCAUGGAGGCUCACAAUUCCCAGGUCAUCAGAGACCACGGCAGCAACGGCAGCAGGAGCGGAAUCACCUGUCAUCGUAAGAGACUGUUCGUGCUCAGCAGCCAGGACAAGGGCGGCUUCGACCGCAUCGGCAACUCGCUCGUCCGACACCUGGACGGCCUUGGGCCGCUCGCCGCUCGCCCUGAAUACCUGGCCGACCUGGCCCACACGCUCGCCGUUGCACGGUCGGGGCUCGGAUGGGUGAGCAGCUUCGUCGCCGAGAGCUUAGCCGAGGUGCGGGAACGACUGAACCUGGGCGCGGGACAAGACGCCACGCGACGACGGCGCAGCGAGAAGGACAAAGACAACGCGCCGAGGUUGGCCUUUGUCUUCACCGGCCAAGGCGCGCAGUGGGCCGGCAUGGGACUCGAGCUGCUCCAGCGACCCGUCUUCGCGGCAUCUGUGGCCGCCUCUACGGCCCACCUGGCUCGGCUUGGAUGCGAGUGGGAUCCGGUUGAGGAAAUGCGCAAGUCGGGCGACAUGAGCCGGCUUAGCAGUCCGGAAAUCAGCCAGGCCGUCUGCACCAUCCUCCAGAUCGGGCUCGUUGACGAGCUUAGAUCGUGGGGGAUACGGCCGGCAAAGGUGAUUGGUCACUCGAGCGGCGAGAUCGCCGCGGCGUAUUGUGCGGGCGCCCUGACCCAUGCUGACGCUAUCGCGGCCGCUUACUUCCGCGGCAAGGCUUCGGCUGCUGUUGUCGCUACGAGCACGUCGACGGGUAGGGGCAUGGGCAUGAUGGCCGUCGGCUGUUCCAGAGAAAAGGCUGAGAAGCUGAUCGCAAGCCGUGACGGCAGUAUUGGAGUGACGGUGGCGUGCGUGAACUCGCCCGGGAGCAUCACGCUCUCGGGCGACGCGGCGGAGCUCGACCAGCUAGCCCGGGUCCUCCAAGAGCAAAACAUCUUCCACCGACGGCUCAAGGUAGAGGUCGCGUACCAUUCCCCUCUCAUGGCGCCCGUCUCUGAGGCAUACUUGUCAUCCAUCGCCGACAUACAGCCCCGAGAAGAGACGGACCCUGUAAUAUCAGGAGGAACAGUCAUGAUCUCAAGCGUGACGGCCUCCGAAGCGACGCCCGACAUGCUCGGCCCGUACUACUGGCUUGCCAACAUGCUAUCACCGGUUCUCUUCUCGGACGGCAUCCGCGAGCUGGUGCGGCCGUCUGACCCGGACGAUGCCGAGAAAGACGCCGGUAACACGGUCGACAUGAUGAUUGAGAUCGGCCCCCAUAGCACGCUUGCCGGACCUGUCGCCCAGACUCUGUCCGACCACGGCCUAGGCGAGGUGGAAUACCGGUCGGUGCUGCUUCGGGGCCACGACGCUGUCGAGACGGCCCUGCAGCUCGCCCGAGGCCUCUUCCACGCCGGCGUGGCUCUCGAUGUUGCCGCCGUCAACGGCGACAAGGAUUUGGGCACCUCGCUCCUUACUGACCUGCCGCCUUACCCGUGGAAUCACGACAGGCUUUUCGACGCCACGUCUCGCAUCCAGAAGGAGUACCUACACCGCCAGCUCCCGCGCCGGAGCCUUCUUGGGACGCAGAUGCCAACCGUACACCAGACGCAGCGUGUCUGGCGCAGCCACGUCCGGCUCGAAGAGGAGCCCUGGCUGCGUGGCCACAAGGUGGGCGUGACGGUCGUGCUGCCCGCUGCGGCCAUGCUCAGCAUCGCCAUUGAGGGCGGGCGCCAAAUCGCCGAGGCUGGAAAGACGCUGCACGCCAUCCGACUGCGCGACGUGUCCUUCUUCGCCGCGCUGGCGCUGCCCGAGUCGACGGCGACCGAGCUGAUACUGACCAUACGCCCGCACCUCCUGGGCACCGUGGGCCACGGCACCACGGCCGGCACCUCGUCGUGGUGGGAGUUCCUGAUCUCGUCGAGCGUCGGGACGACCAGCCCGCCGCGCGACAACUGCGGCGGCCUGCUCUCUCUCGACUAUCGCGAGGACCGAAGCGAGCACGCGAGGCGCGAGGACGAGCACCUCGCGGCCGAGAAGACUGGCGAGUACCGCGCGACGCUCGACGCGUUCCGGUCGGAAACGUACGCGCCGGACGACUUCUAUCGGCACCUCGCCGAACUCGGCUUCCAGUACGACGGGCACUUCCGAAGCGUCGAGGACAUACACCCGGGCGCGGGCCGCGCAACCUUUGGCGUGCGGCUGUCCAGCCUCGAGGAGACGUUCAGCACGGGACAGCUAGAGGGGGGGGAGGAGGGGCAACAGAGGCCCUUUCUCGUACACGGCGCCGCGCUGGACGCCAUCUUCCAAGCCUGGACGGGCAGCACGAUGCGCGGCGGCCGCAUCGAGGCCGAGAAGCCGUACGCGCCGACGUUCGUGGCCGAGAUGGAGGUUUCGGCCGGCUUUCCCGCGCCCAAGGGUCAGCUGCUCCCGGGCGUGUGUGUUUCGAGACGUAGUGGCUUCAACGAGUGGUCCGUCGACGCUAGUCUGUUCGCCGAUGACUCGCUAAGCAGCCUGUGUCUCUCGUUCAAGGACUUUCGGCUGAGCGAGCUCGACGCAGCCAGCGCCGGUGCCGGUGCCGGUGCCGGUGCCGGUGCCGUUGCCUCCACGAAAUCAUCCGGCGUGGCGGCGCUGACGGCGUCCGUGCAGUGGGACGAUGCACUCGACUUCAUGACGCCCGAGGAGGUGGCGGACGCCAUCUCCGAUACUGUCGCCGGUGCCACCGCCCCGUCCGCGCGGGAGAGACUGGCGAAGCUUGUUGGUUUGGUGCUCCAUGGCAUGAACCCCGCAGCUACGGCCGUUGAGCUGGUGCGGCAGGGCGCGGAGCCGCGGUUGCUGGCGGAGAUGCCGUUGGCCUCUCGUGUGAUGUACGUGGCGGCGGACGGCGAAGGCUGGGAGAGGGCCGACCGGUGGGACGGACAGGUAGUGAGCCUAGCUGGUGCCAGCGGCGUCGAGGACGCAUCUCGCCAUGAACUGCAAUCCGCAGGACUGCUCCUAAUACCGUCAUGGGCGGCCGAGGUCUUGCCUAUGGCCGAGGAGGGGGUUCUAGAGCGCCUGGUCUCUCUGGCUGCUCCCGAAGCGACGGUCGUCUUGGGCGCCGCCCUGCCCAGCAUAAUACCCGUCCUCGAGGCCAGCGGGUUCAGACCGUCACCCGUCAGCCAUAGCAGACACGACGGUCAUAACAGCGCCGUCGAUCUUGGUCCUCUCGGAAACGGGGCGCCUGUGCUGUACCGGCACAUCGUCGUUGUAGAGCCGGCGGUGGCAACAGAGAUGGCCGAGCUCUGCGUUGGCACGCUUCUCAAGGCCCUCGAGCUAUACGGCGAUGUUGUCCGACAUCGUUGGGCGAUAGAUGGGUCGUCGACGACGGCCGCUGAGACGGUGUUUGCCGGGAGGACGGUAGUGUGCAUGCUGGAGCUCGAGCAGCCGUUUCUCGAAUCCAUGUCGGACUUGGAGCUGCAAACCGUCAAGACCAUGAUGCUGCAGAGCGCGCGCAUGGUGUGGGUUACGCGCGGCGACGACCCCUCGCUGCACAUCGUCGAUGGCCUGGCGCGAUGUGUCCGUAGUGAGAACGCCACCGCCGACGUCCGCGUACUCCACCUCGGGACUGGGCCGGUGGAGAACGCACCGCGUCAUAUAGCGCGCGUGGUCACGGUCGAAUCAUCCGCGGACAAGGAGUUCCGCGAGGCCCGUGGUCGGUUGCAGGUUGCCCGGAUCGUCGAGGACCGCCGGGGCGAUGCCAUGGUCGCUGAGCACCUCGCCGACUCGACGCGUGUUGUGGGCCUCGAAGAGGCGGGCUUCCCGCUCAAACUCGCCAUCGGCCAUCCGGGGCUCCUUGACACGUUCUGCUUCGUGGAGGACAACGGGGGUGGUAUGAGGGACCUGCUGGGUGACCUGGACGUCGAGGUUCAGGUCCAUGCUGCCAGCCUCAACUUCAAGGACAUCAUGGCGGCUAUGGGCAUGAUAGCCUUACCGGCGUUAGGCUCAGAAGCCGGCGGCAUUGUCGUUCGUACUGGCAGCGGUGUUUCGAAUCUACAAGUGGGUGACCGCGUGGCACUUCUUUGUCCCGGGGGCACACACAAGACACUUGUCAGAGUAGACUCGAGUCUUGUCACGAGGAUCCCUGAUUCCUUGACCUUUGAACAGGCUGCCUCGAUCCCUGUGGCCUUCAUCACGGCCUAUCACGCGCUCGUCAAUGUUGCCAAGCUGUCCAAGGGCCAGUCCGUCCUCAUCCACGCGGCCGCUGGUGGCGUUGGCCAGGCCGCGAUCCAGGUGGCUUCGCUCCUUGGACUCGUCGUCUAUGCCACGGCCGGCUCGCGUGACAAAAUGGCCUUCUUGACGGAGUGCUAUGGCGUGCCCCCGUCGCACAUCUUCUACUCGCGCGACGCCAGCUUCGCCAAAGCCGUUGCCCGUGUCACGGACAACAGAGGCGUCGACUGUGUUCUCAACUCGCUGUCCGGCGACCUCCUCCACGCUUCGUGGGACUGCGUCGCGCCUUUUGGCGUCUUUGUUGAGCUUGGCCUGCGUGAUGUCGUCAACAACACGCGCCUCCACAUGAGACCGUUCCACAAGAACAUUACAUUUUCCUUUUUCGAUGUCAAGGACUUGCCUGUGCCUACGCUAGCCAAACUACUCAACACCAUCUACGACCUGGUCAGCCACGGCCGUCUAACGCCCGUCUCACCUAUUACCGCCUACAGCGUCGAUCGCGUCAAGGAAGCCUACCGCACGAUGCAGCAGGGUAAGCACCGCGGCAAGAUUGUCCUCACCUUUGCCCCCAGUGCCCGAGUGCCCGUCCUGUUCCCGGCCACGGACUCGCUCACUCUGAACCCGAAUGUGGCCUAUCUCCUCGUCGGAGGCCUGGGCGGCCUGGGACGCAGCCUUGCCCAGCUUUUGGUCUCAUGCGGCGCUCGCAACCUCGUCUUUCUCUCUCGCUCGGGGUUGCCCGACGGGUCCUCCGCUGCUAGGGAUCACAUUGUCAAGCUCGAGAGCAUGGGCGCCAAGACGCGCGUGCUUCGCGGCGAUGUGGCCGACAGCAAAUCGUUUCUCGCCACCAUGCGUCGGUACGAGGACGAGGGGCAGCCGCCCAUCCGCGGCGUUGUACAUCUGGCCGCUGUGCUCCGCGACGCCGUCUUCGAGAACAUGACGCACGACGAGUGGACUGCGGCCCUGCGGCCCAAGGUGCAGGGAUCGCGGAACCUCGACGACUACUUUGACCGCUCCCGGCCGCUCGACUUCUUCAUCCUUUGCGCCUCCGUCGCGGGCAUCUGGGGCAACGCCGGGCAGACUGCAUACGCGGCGGCCAACACAUACCAGGACGCUCUGGCGCACCGCCGCCGCGCUCGGGGGCUGGCCGGCGUCGCGGUCGACCUGGGCAUCAUCAGGGACGUUGGCAUGGCGGCCGAGCAGAGCUUCGGCACGCGCUUCAGUCAGUGGGCUGAGGUCGUCGGCAUCCCUGGCGCCGUCUUCCUGGCUCUCAUGAAGAGCCUGAUCAAGGGGCAACAACAGCAGCAGCAGCAGUCUAUAGGCAGUGAUACUUAUUCGAGCUCCGACCCGGAGUGGCCGCCUCCACAGGUCUGCUCAGGCCUCGGGUCAGCCGAGGCUUGGGAGGCCCACGACAUCGCCCCUCCGCCGGCUUACCUCGCCGAUCCGCGCUUCGCUGCGCUGGCCGGAGGCAGCGCAUCGGGCUUGCAACGGCGGUCUGGUCCGGGGGGAGGCGACGCGAAAGCGUCCUCCUCUUCCUCGUUGGCGUCUCGGCUGGCCGGCGCGUCGACCAGAGAUGAAGCCGCCAACGUUGUCGCCGACGCGCUUGUGCACAAGGCGGCUGGUAUCCUACAAAUCCCACCGUCCGAGGUCGACCCGUCGCGUCCUCUGUACCAGUACGGCGUUGACUCGCUUGUCGCCAUCGAAGUACGCAAUUGGAUCAACGGGGCGAUGAAGGCCAACGUAGCCCUGCUCGAAAUCAUGGGCGGCGAGUCGAUCCGCCAGUUCGCUGUUAAAGUUGUUGAAAAGAGCAGCUUGGUGGCAGUCUAG